CGAACUUCAGCAGUGCAGCCGUUUGUAGGGAAAGUUUCUAUAUGAUUGAAAGUCAUUUGAGCUCGGAAUCAUACCGGAUAAACUUCAGCGUUGUGUAAAGACCGCUGAGUGACAUAAAUCGUCGCUGCUAAAGAUGGAUGCAACCACAAAACCUUUGAGAAUUCCCCCUGAAUUGUCAAUUUAUGCACAGAAGCAUGAAAUAUUCGACCUUAUGCAGAGCCUAGUGAGAAACCUGGUGAUAGACAAGCCAGAAGAUCAUAUUCAGUACCUGAUAGGACUGCUGAAGAGAGACAGUAUAGAAGUGCCAAGAGUUUUGAUACUGGGUCCACCAGCAUCUGGAAAAACAACAAUCGCUAAAAAGUUGUGUGAGCACAUCGGUGCUGUUCAUAUAACCUCUAACAGCAUCCUUGAGAAUGACAGUGAACUGAGCAGAGCCAUCAAGCAGUACACAGAGCAGAAUCAGGAGAUCCCACAAGACCUCUGGAUAAAGCUGGUUGAAGAGCGGCUCUCAAAACCCGACUGUGUUAGACGGGGUUGGAUCCUAGAGGCAAUCCCAAAAAACAGACAAGAGGCUCUGUAUCUUCAGGCAUGUGGCAUCGCCCCUGAGCAUGUUGUGAUGCUGCAGGCCCAUGAUGACGUCUUGACUGAAAGGAGUCUGGGCAAGAGGAUAGACCCUGUCACAGGAGAUGUGUACCACCUUACCUUCAUAUGGCCUGAGAAUGUCGAAGUGUCUCAGCGUCUUGAGAAGCCAGAUUGCCUAAUGGAAGAAGAAGAAAUAGCCCAUCAGCUGCAGGCGUACCGCCGUGUGGCCCAGGGACUACAGGACACUUACUGUAACAGCCUGAAGAUCAUCAAUGCGGACCAACCCCAUGUUGAUGUGUUUGCUCAAGUGUUGAGCUACGUUCUGUCCAGGCAUCGUUCUGAUGCACCUCACAUUCCCAGAAUCCUCUUGUUUGGACCACCAGGAUGUGGAAGGAGUCUCCAGGCUAGCUUGCUUGCCCAGAAAUACGGCCUAGUUGAUAUUUGUUGUGGUGAACUUUUGAAAGCAGUGGCGGCAGAUGAGAGCAGUAUGGGAGAGCUCAUUAAACCCUUUCUGGAGUCAGACCGGCGAGUUCCUGACAACAUGGUGCUGCAGAUCCUGACUGAGAGACUGAGCCGACUGGACUGUACUGCACGCGGCUGGGUCCUACAUGGAUUCCCUCGAGACGUAGAACAGGCCGAGAGACUGCAGGAGUCUAACUUCCUUCCUAGCAGGGUCUUUUUUUUGGAGAUAAGUGAUGAUGUUGUUCUGGAGCGACUGACGCUCAGGUCCACCGAUCCUGUGACUGGAGAAAGGUAUCACUCAUUGCACAAUCCUGCCCCGGGUGCAAUAGUGCAGGCUCGGCUUCAGUGUAACCCACGGGACACGGAGAUUGAAGUCUACAAGAGGCUGAAGGAGUACCGGAGCCACGUGGCUGCCCUGCAGGCCUUCUACCCCCAGGCUGUUCAGGUCAACGCUGAUCAGCAACCACACACUGUGUUCGAGUGCCUGGAGAGCGGGAUGGUGGGCCGUCCUUCCAAAGUCCUCCCUGAAUUAAACAUCCAAGCGCUCUCUGGCUCCUCUAGUCGGUAAUCACUCCCCGCUUGUUGACCCCAGCUGAUCACAGGGGAGUACAGCAGACCAGCUAAUUAUAUACAUGUUUAAUUAAUGUUGCAAUAAAAGGCAGCCUGUCCGGGCUCUUUGUCAGAGGUAGUAUUAGUCCCGCUUCAGUAGUCUCAUGCUAAGGAACAAGAGCUGCUCUGAUUCUUAAGCCCUCACCCACAACCCCCUCUUUUCUCUCACUCCACAUGCAGAGGUCAGUCAACUGGCUCCCAACAGAGAGGAAAGGAGUUAAGUGCACUGGUUAGCAAGACGUGUUAACAGCCAAGCAUUCAAACUCCCCUCAGAUACUGCGCCAUGACAGGCAGACAUUGACUUAAUUAGAGCGAAUGAGCUCCAGAAUAUGCAUCAGCUCUGAAUACAUAAACAGGGAGUAAGCAGAAGAAAUGGCAUGUAUUUUAAAUAAUCUCCGCUCGCUCUGUGGCAGGAAGAGUAUGUUUACUCUCCAAACAAAGAUUUUAGAGGAUAUCUGAAAGAAUACAGCAUUGCCGAUGACGAAAUAAACUUUACUAAGUGAGAAAUGCUUUUCAAUUCUUGGGUAUUUUCUGCACAAAUGCUACAAAUAUUUACAUAAGCCUGCAAACACAUUUUUGCUCUAAAUGAACCAUCUGGAUUGGUCUCAUCUGAUUCUUGACAAUACAUUUUAUUCCGUCUCUUUCAUUAAGCAGCUUAGAUUCUAAUUAUGCAGAAUAUGAGAUUGUACAAUAAUCCUUCCUGUUCCUGUCCUGUAUGCGGUGAGUAUUAAGCAGGGGUAUGUGUGAUUCUAAUUUCAAAGUGUUAGGUAUUAAGAAGUGAAGGAUGAUUAAAUCCAUCAUAAUUGGAAAAUCAUUAGGAGUGAAAAGGUGAAAAGUAGAAACUCGCACUAAACGUCGCUUCAUUACCAAAUGUUUAAAUGAGAAAUUAAAUGGUUCUGGAUUGUGAUGAUCUGGUUUUGUCUUGAUGGUGUGUUUUUGUUUUUACAUCAAAUAAGCAUUGCCUGCUUUUAGAUUAUUACCUCGGAGUUGUUUGCUUGUUUUUUUUCUAUUAAACUCUCCUUGCAUUA